UCUCCCUGUAUGUGAACAUUAGUGCCAGAACAUGAACCAGAACGUUCAUCGAAAUUACAACCCGUCGCUUAAGUUCCGGUUGAAACAUCCCGCAAGGUCGGUCAGAAUGCAGUCCGUCUGUUUGGCAGCACUGCUAGUGGUUUGGUGCAUCGCUGUGCCCACGAUCGCCGACCAGACCGGUCAACGCAACUUCGAACCGAGCAGCGAUCCGGCCCUGUUCGCACUAGAUCGUGUUGCUGUCAAAGAUGGUCACCUUUACACGUUCGACAAUCUGUCCGUCGCGCAGGAUCCUCGUGCAUACCGGCCGGACGUUGGGGCGCUUGAUUUCGUCUACCACAACCACGACGAGAUGACGCGCUAUUUACGUACGACUACCGCCCGCUACCCGAACCUGACUGCCCUAUACUCGAUCGGCAAGUCUGCACAGGGGCGAGAUCUGUGGGUUCUAGUCGUGUCGGCAUCGCCGUACGAGCAUAUGCUUGGGAAACCGGACGUCAAGUACAUCGGUAAUAUACACGGCAAUGAGGCAGUCGGGCGAGAACUACUGCUUCACCUAAUUCAGUACCUGGUGUCGAGCUAUGGGUCCGAUCCGUAUAUCAAGUGGCUACUGGACAAUACGCGCAUCCAUAUUCUACCCUCACUCAACCCAGACGGAUAUGCCGCAUCAAAGGAAGGCACGUGCGACGGAGGCCAGGGUCGGUACAAUUCGCGCGGCUUCGACCUAAAUCGCAACUUCCCGGACUACUUCAAGCAGAACAACAAGCGAUCCCAGCCGGAAACGGAAGCGGUAAAGGAUUGGAUCUCGAAGAUACAGUUCGUGUUGAGUGGAUCGUUGCACGGUGGAGCACUCGUUGUGAGCUAUCCGUACGACAACACGCCUAAUGCCAAAAUCUGUCGAUCUUCGUCUACAUGCGCCGUUUUCCACAGUUACCAGUCGCAACCGUCGUUGACACCGGACGACGACGUGUUCAAGCAUCUGUCGCUAACGUACGCGAACAACCAUGGUAAGAUGUCUCGUGGAGUUGCCUGCAAAACCGCAUCACCCUCGUUUGAGAAUGGCAUCACGAACGGUGCCGCCUGGUAUCCGCUUACCGGUGGUAUGCAGGACUUUAACUACGUCUGGCACGGCUGCAUGGAGGUAACGCUCGAGGUGUCCUGCUGUAAGUUUCCACCGGCGUAUGAGCUGCGCAAAUACUGGGAUGACAAUCAGAUGUCGCUGAUCAAGUUCCUUGCCGAGGCGCACCGGGGCGUGCAGGGUUUCAUCAUGGACCCGACCGGCAAUCCGAUCGAACGAGCACAGCUCAAGAUCAAGGGACGUGACAUUGGGUUCACCACCACCAAGUACGGUGAGUUCUGGCGUAUCUUGCUGCCUGGCGUGUACAAGUUGGAGGUGUACGCGGACGGAUUCGUACCAAAGGAUGUAGACUUUAUGAUUGUGGAGCAGCAUCCGACGCUGUUGAACGUAACGCUGCAGCCGUCAAAGCGCAAUGAUGGUUCGCAACAUUAUCGCCCGGCAGCAUCGACACAGUACCGCCCGCAGCAAGUGAUACCACCGGCACCGUCGCAAGGCUCCGGUUCCGACGAAGGUAUUCUUUCGACGCUUAGCAGUGGAUUCAACAGUUUAGUUAAUAACAUAUUCGGCUAACCGGCGUGAAUGUUAGGGCGUGUAGGCCGUAGGAGCAAAGUUUUUAAAUCAACCAGCCAGUGUGCCGAUCCCCCUUGUCUCUGUAGGCUUUUUGCUCCGUUUUUAAACGGUCUGCGUCCUAUUUGUUUUUUUUUAAACAGCGUAAGUGUUCGUUCCGGCACUGCACCAGUGGCGGAUCAAGUUUUUUGGAGGCCCUAUGCGGAAUAGGAGGCCCCUAUCAAUACAAAACUGCUGCUCGGGAUGGGGAAGAGGUUGGGUUAAUUUACUUGAGCUUUUAGGCAAACUUUUUUUUGGUCCUUAUACGAAAUACAUGACAUGUUGUUUUGCCAGCUAAUGCUAUAACCCCACGGUUGCCACAAACUGUCCUAUCGAUUACUUCUAGUAAAAUUCUUACUUCCGAUAUUUCUAAACAAUUGUGGUUUACUUACCCGUGUAAACUACAGUUUAUACGAAGGACACUUUACUUUCAUAAAACACAGGAAAGCAUUUCUUUCGGAAGACAAUGCUGCUCCUUCGCGGCCCCUUCGCUAUUACACAUUGGCAUUUUUCUUUCACUCACACACUUGAAUGCGCUUUAGCACAUUUAAAAUACCACACUCGCCUACAAUGGCCACAUUUUUCAAUACACGACGAUUUCUCGAGAAAUGAACAUCAUUUUCGUUUUUUCAAGCUUUACCGCUUUUGUCUUUUUCUCACAAAAAAAACAAAUCACAUGGAUUUAAAUACAAUUAGCGAUGAAAAUUUAAAUUCCCGAAAGCAUUUGGUUCGGAAUACAAUACUGUUUGUGCUUUUAGCGCCCCUUUUUUACAUAGUGGUAUUCUUCUUUCACUGGUGGAUAUUUUCAGGUAUCUCUUGUGAUAAGUAGGAAUACGCUUUAAAGGGGCAUUGACUCAAUCAUAUAGCAAUACAUUACUUAGAAAAGGGGCGCCUUUCCCAUUCCACCGUGUUGGCGAUUGUGCCGUGGCUAGACGAAAGGUUAUUGUCUGCUACAACAUUCAUACACAUUUCCAUUCAUCGAGACCCCCUUACAGGCGGGGCACUAGGCGGCCGCCUACUCCGCCUACCGUUAGAGGCGCCACUGCGCUGCACAUUACCGGUAACAACGCAUUGUGCAUCUAACAAUACAAGCAAUAUGACGUAGAAGAAAGAAAGGGGAUUAGGGUAGGUCCGCCGAUGGGAAUAAGCAGUAUCGGGUGAGAAAGUAUGUGAAACAUGGUACAAUAAUGUUCUGUCUGCAAGAUGCAACAAUAAAUUAUCUAUUUAUUUAAUAGCAA